GGUAGCGCUCACACUCCAGCUGAUCGGCCUCGGCUCCCGGUGCGGUCCGGCGGACUGUACGCGGCUAUACAUCAUUUCUCGACGGCUUUUUCCCCCUGUUUUAAUCGGAAAACAUAAUUAUUACUACGUGUUCUUGACGACCUGGGUGUCGUGUGUUGUCUUAUUUUUGUUUUUGGAACCCAGGAUUAUAUUACAAAGCCAUUUCGGGAAACGGCUGGCUGAGGAAUUUCCCAACAACAAACAGGCCGCUAGCGCAUCCCCGGUCUUUCUUAAGAGGAGAUCGCCGAUUUUCACGCUUCACCAUGGGGGACACUGGGAGCGAACGCAGCAAGCCGACGAGUAACGUUAUACCUCCGCGGUGUCCUUGCGGAUUUUGGGGGUCAAGCAAAACCAUGAACCUCUGCUCCAAAUGUUUUGCAGACAUCCAAAAGAAGCAACCAGACGAGGACUGCUCUUCAGAGCCCGCCCCUAGCUCCAGCAAUAGCCAAUCAGCCGUCUUCUGUAACGAGACAAGCAGCAGUAGCCAAACCCUGUCCUCGGGCUCUGAGGGGUCGUCCACAGAUGCCACACCUCUCUCCAAACAGGAAGAAGUCUCGAGUACAGACACAGCCCGAGGCACGCUAUCCACUCCCACGAAACGGCCCUGCGAUUCAGCCUCAGGUUCGGAGAGCGAUGCCUCCCCAGAGAAGCGAGUGCGUGCCGGCGAGUCCUCCGAAGAAUCUCAGCGAGGGCUUAAGCAGAAGAACCGCAGGCGCUGCCAUCGCUGCCAAACCAAACUCGAGCUUGUACAGCAGGAGCUCGGCUCAUGCCGCUGUGGAUACGUAUUCUGCAUGCUGCACCGGCUGCCCGAGCAGCACGACUGCCUGUUUGACCACCUGGGUCGUGGAAGAGAGGAAGCCGUGCUUAAGAUGGUCAAGCUGGACCGCAAGGUGGGCCGAUCCUGCCAGCGCAUUGGAGAGGAGUGUUCCUGAACACACACACACACACAUAAGCACACACGCAAAACACACUAUAUACUCCCCUUGCAGUCUUUAUUCCCCCAAGUCAACUGAGGCCAGUGGUGCUUAGAUCCUCAGUGCUGAACAAUGCAACACACACACACACACACACACACACACACCACUCACUUAGCACUGUUCUCCCGACACACACACACACGCAAUCUACUGGCCCGUGACACUCCUCACAAUUGUCUUAAUCUCUUUUUCCUGUGGAGCUUGUUGGAUGACACCAUCUCAGAAAAACAAAAAACAAAAAAAAAACCAGGAGUAUCGUCUACCGGCAUUUUUGGCAUGCUGCCAUCAUCGGAUUUUUUUUUUUUUUCUUUUUUCUCCUUUGCCAGUUCGUGAUAAAAAUAAAAACAUCUCGCUGUUGAUCUCAAUUAAGGCUUUCAAGUAUAGGUCACAAGGUCAGCCUUCCCAAAUUCACACACAAAAAAAAAACCUCCCAUCAGGCCACAAAGCACCAGAGGAAAACGUGGUCUCUGAUCAGGAAUUCCGACCUUCGACCUCAUGAGAGGAAUUGGGGUUGUCUCGACACCCUGACCACCUUUCACAUUUUUUUUUUCUUUUUCUUUUCUGAUCUCAAAACAGACUUCACAACUUUUUUUUUUUUUUUUUUAUAUCGGAGUCGCACACCCUCAUUUGGAGAUGCCCUCUGCUGUCACUUUUCUCACACUCAUCUCACCCCCCCUUCACAUACACACAUGUGCACCAAUACAUACACAUGAGUUAUUUAGAUUUUGUUCAUCCACACACACACACACACACACACACACACACACACACACACACACACACAAAACCACGUGUGCCCAGCACAUGGACAGAAGCUAAAUCGGUACCCUUCGGACCGGGUUCAUUCGGGAUAUCGCCCCCCAGGGCUUCAUGGGAACUGUAGAUCAAACACUUCUGUAUACUUACAGCUUCAGUCAGACCCACAUAUGAUGUAUUUAGUGAUGCUCUGCCUCCAGAAAGCUACAGUUCUCAAAAUCACUUCCCUUCACCCCCAAUCCUGUUCUGGUCCUCAUUUAUUUUUCAUGUUUCUUCUCACUUCCAGUUUUGCACUUUCCCUAAUGUCUCCCCCUCUCUUUCCAACACACGAUUAUCUUGUUUGUCACGUUUCCUAAGUGGCUUUAGGAAGGACUGGGUUUCGAAGGUUGGAGGCAGAGUGCUGAUUAUACCGAUAUUUUUUAUUGUUUCUUUUUUUUGUUUGUUUCUUACUUUAAGCCGUUAUUCUUAUUCUGUUGAAAGGACAGCGCCGAAAACAAUAAGUAAAUAUCCUGUAUCUUAAAGAAAUCCUUAUUUAACCAUCUUUGUGUUUCUGAUUAACUCGCACUAGCAUAGAGCUGCGUUUCUUUUCCCUCUUUAGGUUAACAUUGUUAAAGAGAAUUAAAAAAAAAAAAAAAAAAAAAAAAAGCAGUAUGGAUAAGAUAAGCCUUUCUGUAGCCUUUCUUUGGGUUUAUUUGUUUUAUUUUUCGUUUCUUUUUUUUCUCCUCCUUUCCUUCUUUUUGCUGAAAAAGAAUAAACUGGAUUAGUGAA